UCACAGUUACUCAGAUAUAUGUUUUUCGCAAGUUAUAUUUGCACACGUUCGCGCACACACUCUUUCGUGCACAAAAUGGCGUUGUUGUCAAUCCCGUCUCUCUCCAACCCAAACCCUAGUUUUCCUCAUUUCCAUCGCAGUAAUCCCCUGUUUCUUCGUCAGCGGAACCUCAGAUUCUCAGUAACAGUUUCGGCCACACUUGGCCGCCGGAAUCUCACCCCACACUCGCCGGCCGGCGAAUCUCCAAAAUUGCCGAGGUACCUCAAGGUAACUCCCGACUUGCUUCGCCGUCUCGCUGCCUCUGCUAUUCUCUUCAUCGCCCUCGGCAUUCGAGCCUGCUCGGCAGCUGCCACUACACACAUUCCUCCGGUUUCUUCCACGGUCGAUUGUCAGACGGUGGUUGAACAGCAGGGAAUUCAAGACAAUGGUGAUGUGGGAAAAUCUGAGAAUGUGGAGAACUUUGAAGGUAAUGAAUUGAUAUCAUCAUUUGAGACUUGGAAGUCCAAAACGUAUGCUUUGACGGUUCCUCUGAAAAUUGUUGCUGUGCGUGGUUCAGUUCCUCCUUCAUGGAUCAAGGAUUUUAUGCAAUCUCAGGGAAGGAGAAUGAAGUUACUUUCAGAGUUCCGUGGAAAUCUUGAGGACAUUUUUACUGAUCUCUCUAAGCAAGCCAUGAAAGGAAAUGUUGAUCCUAAAUCUGCUAUGGCAGCUGAUAUUGUUACUGUUGGUGAUUCCUGGCUCAAUUUUGCAAUUAACAAGACUCUUAUUGAGCCCAUACAAGGGGCAGAGGACCAAGAUUGGUUUAGAGGCUUGAGUGACAAUUGGAAGGUAUAUUUACGCAGGAACAGUGAGGGUAAAUUAUAUUCUGGAGGUAAAAUUUGGGCUGCUCCGUAUCGAUGGGGAAGUAUGGUGAUAGCUUACAAGAAAAGCAAAUUUCAAAAGUAUAAUUUGGCUCCUAUAGAGGACUGGGCAGAUUUAUGGCAGCCUCAACUUGCUGGGAAGAUUUCGAUGGUCGAUUCUCCUAGAGAAGUUGUAGGUGUGGUGUUGAAGUGUAUGGGGGCAUCAUACAAUACAAAGGACAUUGACUCUGAAGUCGCUGGUGGGAGAAAUGCUGUCCAACAGAAGCUUGCAUUGCUUCAAAAACAGGUUCGAUUAUUUGACAGUGUGCACUACUUAAAAGCAUUCGGAAUGGGAGAUGUAUGGGUGGCUGUUGGGUGGAGUAGUGAUGUUCUUCCUGCUGCUAAACGCAUGUCAAAUGUUGCAGUAAUUGUUCCAAAGUCUGGAGCUAGUUUAUGGGCAGACCUAUGGGCAAUCCCAGCUGCCUCAAGAUUAUCAACAAAUAGAAUUGGGGGCCGAGUCAGAGGUCCAUCUCCACUGAUCCAUCAAUGGGUAGAGUUCUGUUUGCAAGCUGCCAGAGCAUUGCCUUUCAAACAGGAAGUAAUCCCUGGCGCAUCUCCCUCUGCCCUUGAAAAUGGCCAAGCUGAAGAGUCUGGAGAGCUUACGAAGGGCAAGCCAAAGCUUGACACGAACCUUAUUGCUGGAGCGCCCCCAGCUGAAAUUUUGGCUAGGUGUGAGUUCCUAGAGCCAUUAUCAGAUACUGCACUAUCAGAUUAUCAAUGGUUAAUUGCUAGUAUGCAGAGACCUGGUAAUGGUUUGUUUUACAAAGUGCAACAGUAUAUCUCAUCAAUUACUCAAACAUUUUGGGCAAAGUUGCAGUCGAAGGUAAUCUGAAACAUCCUGAUCCUCCUUAGAGCACCAAUUUGUUGAUUGCAAUUCUUGAACGAAGGUCUGGGCUUAAAUGAUAAAUGCAGUGUACAUAUGCAGUUAGAUUUUUGUAACAUUUAGAAAUUGGAACAAUUAAGUUAAAGUUACUAAGCGGUGCUACACAUUACAAUUUGAUUGUUGUCAAGUGCCAAAGGUUAUAUUACUUAAAUAUCUUGAUCAAUUGCUUUUUAUGCU